AUGGCGCGGUUAGAUCGUUUCUAUUCAUCCGCAAACAAUCAAUUGAAGAAAACCAAAGCCACUACCCACCUUCAAUUUCAAACUCAAUCCUUCGGAGAAAUCUUGGAUCUCCCUGAAGAAAUCAUCCAAGAUAUCCUCUUAAGGCUCCCCGUCAAAUCCCUCUUGAAAUCCAGGUGCGUUUCAAAAUCGUCGAAUUCCUUGAUUUCCAGUUCUCGAUUCGUCAAAUCUCAUCUGAAACACUCCGCGGAAAACGCGAAUUUCGCCAAUCACAAAAUCAUAUUUACUCUUUUAAACCCUACCUAUACCCUCAAGCAAUGCUCCGUUAAUUCGUUGAUGUGCGAGCCUCUGGUCGUCGCGCCCAACGUUGACUUCCCUAACCAAACCCCGUAUAGCACCGUUUGGGUUGUGGGCUCUUGCAAUGGUAUAAUUUGCCUCGCCAUUGAUGAAGACGACGUCUUUAUGUGGAACCCAGCUACGAGGAAAUCGAAGCAGCUCCAUUCUGCCGUCGUUAAAAUGAAGCCUGGCUUUUACUACAGUUGGGGGUUUGGUUAUUGCGAAUCGGAGGGUGAUUACAAGGUUGUGGGAUUGUUCUGUGAUUAUGAUGAUGGAGGUCUGCGGGAGUCGGUUGUGAAGAUUUAUAGUCUGAGGGCUGAUUCUUGGAAGAGAAUUGGGGAUUUCAGCUUUGGUGUUCCUUAUAAUAAGGUAAAAACAGUGAAGGGCGAAGAAGAUUGUCGACGAUUUCAAGAAACAGACACAAGUGAGAAAACUAUUGUGACACAUAGGGUAGUUUGGACAUUUCAUAAAUGUUGA